CGGAGAUUUUCACCGUCAGAAUAUCGGCACGCCCUGGGUUGAAGAGACUGUGCUGCUAAAAAAGCAUAAGCGUUGAAGGGUUUACAAGGGAGCCGGAAGUGCCAGCUGGGCGUGUUGUUUUCGGUCAGCCAAACCAAUCAGACAGAGAAAAGAAGGGCAUUGUUAAACGUGUGAUUAUUGAUCAUUCCGCGCAGUGUUUGAGUGAGUGUUUGUGUGCUUGAGUGCUUAGAAUAAGUAUUUAAUUCGCCCCUCAAAAUGCAACGCGCGUCAGUGCUCGUGUCCCUGCUGCUGCUAGUGGCGGUGGGUCGUGUUGCGACGGAAGCGGUCCCCGAGUCGCAGGGACAAACAGUGAGCGUACCGCCGGCAGCACCGAGCCUCACCGAUCCACUCCCGUUCGAUGAGCCCACGGUGGAACGGUUCUUCACCGCCGUUAAGAGCCAGCUGCGCUGCGGCUAUCCCAUGUUCGGCAUCCCGUCGCUCGUGCCGCUCAAGCUAAGCUACACCCUCAAGACGUCGUUCGAUCUGCUUUCGCUUAAAAAAAUCAAUGUGGUAGCGUCCAACUUUACCGUGUACGGGCUGAACGAUUUCACCUGGGACCCGUCCCGGACGCGGUUCACUCGCACGUCCGCCACCGUGCCGCUCUCCUUCCCGAACGUGACCGCGUUCGCGCACACCUCGCUGAACGGUGCGAACGGUACGUCGUACGUCCAGCUGCGCAACGUCACCGUCCGGCUGGACGCGCAGUACGAGGAAAAGGACGACCUGCUGUACGUGACCGAGCUCGGCGGUUCGAUUCUGCUCGAAGAUGCGAAGGUAAAGAUUGCCUCGCUCUUCCCGAAGAGCGCCAAGCUGAGCAAGAUCUGGAACAAGGCGAUCGGCAAAUCGCUCCCGAUACUGGUGGAGCUGUUCAACGGCGGCAAGCUGAAAAUCGAGUACCUGAGCCGGCUGCUGAGUGGAGCCAAGUUCUACGCGAUGAACACGAUCAACAACGCGCUCAACACGCACGGUCUCAGCUUUGACCGGCUGGUCGAGAGCAUGGCCAAGUUCGCGGACGGUUCGCCCGACUCGCUGCAGUGCGACGGUACGCCCAGCGACACGCUCGUCGGAUGGCUGCGAGCGUAGGACGUGCGUGUGUGGAUAAGGAUAAGAGACUGCCACCCCAAGUGUCCCUCUCAUUGACUCUUUGACAGUGUUGCAUGUUGUGGUUUUGUAGAGAUGACACACAUGGGAGGAGAUGAUUGUUUUCCCCCAAUAAAGUAUACUAUAACGCAAUAACCCCCAGAUGUAACACACACACACACAUAAACACGAAACGAACCAGUGCCGAAAAACUUACAACCUCAACUGCAAGUCAAUCAAGGUGGCUAUUAUAUGCGAUGCAGUUUCAUCAUCCUUCAACCACUUCAAACCUUUGGACUUCAAAACUUCUAAUUUUUGG